UGCUGAAGAUGAGGAUGGAGCCUACCCUGGGCCUCCUGGAGCAGCAAGGUCCUGAGAAGGUGGCUGGGAAUGCAGAGCAAGAGCCAGCACCAUGGCAAGCUGUCCCAGUGCUGUCCGAGCAGCAGUCUGGAGAUGUGGAACUGGUGUUGGCCUACGCCGCGCCCGUCCUUGACAAGCGCCAGACUUCGCGCCUCCUCCGGGAGGUGGCAGCUGUCCACCCACUGCCUGCACAGUCCCACCUCAAGCGGGUGAGGCCUCGGCCUGAUGCCUGUGGUGCCCCUGUACUAGAACUGCUGCUCUGCCUGGCCGGCCCAGCCCCAGGUCCACGCUCACUGGCUGAGCUGCUUCCAGAGCCCUCUGUAGACCCUCAUGGCCUGGGGCCACCCUUUCUGGUACCUGUGCCUGCCCGGCCACCCCUCACCAGGGACCAGUUCGAGGAGGCCCGGAUACACUGGCCCACAUCCUUCCACGAGGACAAGCAGGUGACCAGUGCGCUGGCCGGGCAGCUCUUCUCAGUUGAAGAGCGAGCCUCCAUGCAGAGCCACAUGGAGUGGGCAGUGCGCAUGGCCCAGCGGGCAGCAGCCCAGGGACUGCGGGCUGUGGGGGCCGUAGUGGUGGACCCCACCUUGGACCGUGUGCUGGCCAUGGGCCAUGACUGCUGCAGUGCUACCAGCCCGCUGCUGCAUGCUGUCAUGGUGUGCAUUGACCUCGUGGCCCAGGGUCAGGGCCGUGGUGCCCAUGACCUCCGUGCCCACCCAACCUGUGCCUUCUCUCCGGCUGCUAUACCCCAGGCCCGUGCAGGCACUGUGCGCAAGCUGGAGGAAGAUGAGGAUGAGGAUGGCCAGCCCUAUGUGUGUACUGGCUAUGACCUGUACAUCACCCGAGAGCCUUGCGCUAUGUGUGCCAUGGCCCUUGUGCACUCCCGCAUCCGUCGUGUCUUCUAUGGGGCCACUUCACCUGAUGGUGCCCUGGGUACUCGCUUCCGCAUCCACGCCCGGCCUGAUCUCAACCACCGCUUCCAGGUGUUCCGUGGUAUCCUGGAGAACCAAUGUUACCUGCUGGACCCUGAUGCAUAAGCUUAGUGACCCCCCACUUCUGGAACUUCCUCUGCUCCUGGCCAGCCUCUGUGGCCUGAGGCUUCCCUGGGACUGCUGUCUGUCCGUUUUAAGGACACUUGCCAAAAACUUGCAACCUGCUGGAUCUUCCACCUCCUCGUUGAUGAUGGUCCCACCCUGGCCCCAGGGCUGGUUCACUGCCUCAGAGUCCUCCACAGUGUGACAGCUCUGACAAGUGACAAUAAACAUUUACUUCAACGCAAGCUGCUGUCUGUUAAGAGGAGCCAGUGUCCUGGCUGGGGUCCCAAGGCUGGGUAGCUCUCCGUGUCAGGCUUGAGGGGUGGGCAUCUGCAUCAAACGUGGUUAGGCAGUCAGUCGUGUUUGGGGGACAGGUGCAUCUGGAUACUGAAAGUCUGGGCUCAGCUAACCCAAAGACUCCUUUGGGGUUGUCCUGUUGACCAUCUUUCAUGGGUGGCAAAAAGCUACCAUGAGUGUCACAGGAUAGGGCUAGAACAGAUGGUGGGAACUUGGGCCAGGGUCUGUUGGUCCUUCCAGCAGAUGUCCCUUGCUGACCACAGUGUGUUGCCAGGGUGCCCAUGCACCCAUCUGGCCUGGGCACCAGGUCUCUCCAUAUGGAUGACAGAGGCUACUGUCUGACCCUUCCCUUCCCGCCAGGCUCAGAAGGGAAGUGUUGACUGGUGGCCCCACAUCCGGCCUGUGAUACCUGCUGAGCCAGCAGCUGAGCUGGGCUGGCCUUUCCGGCAGAAACCUGAUAUGUUUAUUUCGAAUAGGACUUUCUGGUCACAGUGGACCCUCACAGCUGGGCGUCAGAACCCCCGGUGGCCAAAGGGUCCCUGAUGUCCUGUCUC